GAGAAACGCGAGCCUCCCUUGAGCUCCAAAGCGAUUUGGCGGCAACGACUCCUUUUCUUUCGUCGAGGAGGCGGCGGCGGCUAGGAAAGAGUUAAGCGCCGGCUCUUUGCCUCCCCUCCGGGGUAGCGAACCGAGAGCGCAGCAGUGGAAUUGCUGACUGACUCGGGAGAAAAAGGAAGAGAAGGCUGGUUACGAUGCCCCAACUACAGAAGACUCGUUGAUCCGCUAUAUUGCAUGCAUAUUGUCUUAUUUUGCUUUUGCCUUUUUUUUUUUUAUUUUGCUCCCCUCCUCCUCUCCUUUGAACCCUCCCAUCCUCUUCUGCGGGACUUUCACGGCGCGUGUUCAAGCCCUGGAAGAAACCGCUCGUGCACACGCGCGCCCGCCGCCCGCCCAUCCUCACCUAGAUCGAGGGUUGCUUGCUUGGCUUGCUAGCUAGAUGCAAUUGCUGGCGCCGCUGUUUCCUUCUGCACCGGAAAGUUUCCUCCGCCUAAAGCAGCAUCUUUGCAAACGGACCGCGCUGCAAAAGCUUUGGCGAGAAGCGUUUUUCUUGGGGCGCGUCAGAAUUUCGGCUUAAGAUCCGUUCCCAAAAGAGGAAGAGGAGAGACGCUGGAGUAGAAGAGACAAAUCCCUCUCCCUUUUUUCCUCUCCCCCCCCCGCCUUUCUUGAAGGAUUGUCGGAUAACGAGGAAAAGGGGAAACGGCUCUCGAUCGGGGAAGCCUUUUAUUUCAUUCUCUGCCGCCACCACCACCGCCUCUUGCUUUAUUUUUUUUUUUAGUGACCAUUCAUCUCGGGGGAUUUAUUUGUGGAAAAAUAACCAACUAAGAGAACCAAGCCAACUUGGAAAGCGGGGAAGAGACCCCCGCCUUGCUCUCUCCCAUCCGCCCCAACCUUGUCCGUGGGUUUCCAAUGUAAGGAUCGCUCUCUGGGUUUGCCUUUUAUUUUUCCCCCUCCGUGACCAAAUAUCCAAAGGAACUGUGGAAUUAGAAAGAAGCCGUUCACCGAUCGUGUGUGUGUGUGUGUCUGUGUGACACCCAGCUGGUUCUGUUUCAAACGGCGCCGAGAAGAAUCCAGGCGGCGUGCAGUGCUUUGCAGCCUUCUCUCUAAGCGGUUUACAGAGUCAGCAUCUUGCCCCCAACAAUGUGGAUCUUCAUUUUACCGACCUCGGAAGGAUGGAAGGCUGAGUCAACCUUGAGCCAGUGAGAAUCGAACUGCCAAACUGCAGAAAAUAUACUGCCAAAUUAAGAACUGUGCUUCUUGAGUGUCUCUCAAAAUGUUUCCCUGCUUGAAGGAGGAGGAUGAAAGCAAUGUUGCUUUAGGUAAGGAAUAACUGGACCAGGAAGUUCUAGUUAGAAGUUCACCUUUUGUUCCUGUCUCAAUGGAUUCCAAAUCUUCAAAGAGAGACCCCAAAGCGAACAUUCACUGACGCACAGGAGAAGGGAUCCGAGCAGCAUGACUGAUUCAUUUUAUAUUAGAUAUAUUUCAAGAAGCUAGAACAUGCUGCCCUGAAGGAAUCUAUCAUCCAUAACAAGUCAGGAUUAUCAUGGUCGAACACUCCAUUUUGCUUUCAACCAGUGGCCAAAAGCUUUGCAUGGUUGGCAGCAAGGACUGGACUUUUGAAGAAAGUGUAACAGGCCUGUGACGGAGGAUUAGACGACAUUAGUGGAGUCAUGCUUCACACAGCCAUAUCUUGCUGGCAGCCAUUUCUAAGUCUGGCUGUGCUGCUACUUUUCAUAGGCUCCACCCUAGGUUGUCCAGCUCGCUGUGAAUGCUCAGCACAGAAUAAGUCUGUCAGUUGUCACCGGAGGCGCUUGAUUGCCAUCCCUGAGGGCAUCCCCAUAGAGACUAAAAUCUUGGAUCUUAGCAAAAACAGGCUAAAAAGUGUAAAUCCGGAGGAGUUCACCGCUUUCCCUUUGCUUGAAGAGAUAGAUCUGAGCGACAACAUCGUGGGCAAUGUUGAGCCCGGGGCCUUUAACAGCCUAUUUAAUUUGCGUUCUUUGCGACUGAAAGGGAAUCGUCUGAAGCUGGUCCCUUUAGGGGUCUUCACCGGCUUGUCAAACUUAACAAAGCUGGAUAUUAGCGAGAACAAGAUUGUCAUCCUGCUGGAUUACAUGUUCCAGGAUCUGCACAACCUCAAAUCCCUUGAGGUUGGGGAUAACGAUCUGGUUUACAUCUCCCACAGGGCUUUUAAUGGAUUGCUCAGUCUGGAGCACCUCACUCUGGAAAAAUGCAACCUAACAGCUGUACCAACAGAGGCCCUUUCCUACCUUCACAACCUCAUCAGCCUGCACCUGAGACAUCUCAAUAUCAACCUAUUGCCUGCAUAUGCCUUUAAGAGAUUGUUCCACCUGAAAAACCUAGAAAUAGAUUAUUGGCCUAUGCUCGACACGAUCCCUGCCAACAGUCUUUAUGGCCUGAACCUCACUUCUCUCUCUGUUACCAAUACCAAUUUGUCCACCGUCCCUUAUGCUGCUCUGAAGCACCUGGUUUACCUGACCCACCUGAAUCUUUCCUACAAUCCCAUCAGCACAAUCGAAUCCGGCAUGCUUGCAGACGUGUUGCGCCUGCAAGAGUUGCACAUAGCGGGGGCCCAGCUGCACGCCAUUGAACCUCAUGCUUUCCAAGGCCUUCGAUUCCUCCGCGUAUUAAACGUGUCUCAAAACCUAUUGGAAACUCUGGAAGAGAAUGUGUUCCAUUCCGUCAAAUCCCUGGAAGUUCUCUGCAUAAGCAACAAUCCUCUGGCUUGCGACUGCCGCUUGCUUUGGAUCUUACAAAGGCAGCCCAUGCUGCAGUUUGGUGGCCGGCAACCCAUGUGUGCCGGUCCAGACAGUGUCAAAGAGAGGCCGUUUAAAGACUUCCACAGCACUGCCCUUUCUUUCUACUUCACUUGCAAGAAGCCCAGGAUCUAUGAAAAGAAGCUGCAGUACUUGGUGGUCGAAGAAGGGCAGACGGUGCAAUUCUCGUGUCAUGCAGAGGGAGAUCCUCAGCCGACCAUCGCCUGGUUGACACCGCGACGGAGACUGGUCACCGCAAAAUCCAGCGGGAGAGCGACGGUGCUCGGAGAUGGUACGCUUGAGAUCCGGUUUGCCCAAGAUCAAGAUAGUGGGAUUUAUGUUUGUGUGGCCAGCAAUGCUGCUGGAAAUGACACCUCCUCAGCCACCCUCACCGUCAAGGGGUUUGCCUCAGAUCGUUUUCUUUAUGCCAACAGGACUCCUAUGUACAUGACAGAUUCCAAUGACACCAGUUCCAAUGGAACCAAUGUGAAUACAUUUGCUCUGGACCUUAAGACAAUACUGGUGUCGACGGCCAUGGGCUGUUUCACCUUCCUUGGGGUUGUUUUAUUUUGUUUCUUACUACUUUUUGUCUGGAGCCGUGGGAAAGGCAAGCAUAAAACCACCAUCGACCUCGAGUACGUCCCCCGUAAAAACAAUGGCGCAGUGGUGGAAGGGGAGGUUUCAGGACCACGCAGGUUCAAUAUGAAAAUGAUUUGAUGGUUGUGCUCUAGCAUUAUUAAUUUUGCCCCUUUUCCUUCUUCUGUGGCAUUCGAACCAAUUCAACACGCUUGGCAAGUAAGGAGGCCAGGCUGGAGGCAGGCUCCGCUUGGCCACCGCCGUGUCAAGCGGUAGAUGGAAAUCAAAGAGACUAUCUCAGAUUGUACAGCAGAGCCUCGUGUUUCGAGGCGGAGUGAGUGAGAGGGCUUUUUUCCUUUUUAUUUUUUUUGCAGAGUUUGGCAUACAGCACUAAUUGUUUGCAUUGCAAAUUUUAUGGCGUUCUGGGGAUUUCGGUAACAAAUGGUCGGCUCCUGGACACUUAUGAGAAACAUUUUUACCACUACAAAGCAAACAAACAAACAAAAAACCCUACAGUAUAGGAUUUCAUAUUUUAAAUGUGAGAAAGAAAGAGAGAGAAAGAUUUGUUUACAACCUAUUCUGCAGUAAAAUUUGUAUCUAUAGCUCAUUUGCUAAAUCCUUGCAUCAUUACCUUCUUGCUGGUUCAACACUGCAAAAAUUAAUGUAUUACUGUAAUAUAUACAUAUAUUUGUGUAUGUAUUACAGUAAUACACACACACUAUGUAUAGUUUAAAGCAAUACAGGUGAGAAAUUUUGUUCCAUCCACAGUGAUUGAUCCAAGUGUGACAUCCCUCUUCCCAAAUUUCUAGUCAAAUUUCAAAAUUGGACUUCUGAAACAAUUAGAGACUAUCGUGUCUGAGAUUUGAAUUUAGAUCCGAGACAUGAAGGAAAUAAUAACCAAACCAGGAAGAAUUUGUGGGAUGCUAUUGUGGUUAUCUUCGUGUAAAGAAAAGGUGCAGGCUUAAUUUUAAUAUAAAAUGGAUUUUAAAAAUAUAUAUGUGGGAUCACACUAGAACAGUUCACUGUAAAAAGGUGGAGAUCUAACCUUGACUGCUUUUGGAGGCAUCAAAUCUGGCAGAUCACACCUGAAGGACAGACCCUUUAAUUUUUAUCAUGCCCUGCCAAACACAUCUUCAUCCACCACCAUUGCCACAUCUUUUCAAUUUCUGGUCUAUCAUUUAGAACUUGUCCUAGGAAAAUGAACCAGGACAGUGUAUUCUGUCACUUGCUAAAGGAAAAAAAACUUUCAGUGUUGCAUUUAUGGAGAGCAAAUGAAAAAAAUGUACAAAAAAUUUGGGAGAUAGAAAUAGGUCCUCCCUGAUGCCAAGAAACUAAAUUUGGUUCAAGAACAGGAGAUCCCACUCACUCCUGUUGGUUUCCUUCAGGCCACAUUAUUGCCAAACUACAGUGUCAGUUUUGUAUUUAUUGGUGGUGAAGGCUGAACAACAGAGUCCUCCUGCUGUGUCUUCUUCAUGCAAAGAUGUUCUGGAUACUUGACCCUGUAAGAAAAACAAACCAGAAAGGUACUGUUUCUGUUUUCAAUAUAGUGAGAAAGGAAAGAAUUGAGAGUGGGGAAGCAAGUCUCUUUUGGGUUAUGUAAAACACAACCUGAUGAAUUUUAAGAGCAUUUUGCUUUUUUUAUUUAGUCCCUUGCAACACAUAUAUGAGAGUCGGGCGCCCAGCAUGAAUAAGCACCUACUAAGGAAAGUGAUGUAUGCCUUUGGCAUUAAAAUUCAAAGCAGAGGUAGGGAAAUAUUUGCCUGCAAGAUAUUCAGUGUAACUCCCACAAUUCCUUUCAAGGGACACACUAAUUGAUGGAAGAAGUCCAAAGGCAGAAAGAACAAAGGUGCCCCUCCAAUUAUACACUCCAUUCAAUGGAGUGUAAUGGGAAUAUAUAAUGGGAUUGUUUGGGUGUGUGUGUGGAGAAAGAGAGAGAGAGAAUUUUUUUUUUUACCAAGGAAUAAUCAUGUCUGCUAUUUGAUAUUGUUGAACAUCAUGGUUGCCAUUGCUGAAAAGAAUUGUUGAAGAACAUGGCUGCCAUUGCUGAAGAGAAGAAACAUUCAGGGUAAGCUGGUGGUUCAGAAACUAGACUAUGCAGAAGGGGCCGAGUCCUCAGUGCCACUAAACAUUCCUUCGGGAAACUGCCAUAUGUGGUACAGGUUUGUGAUAUUUUCUCUUCCCUGCCACAGGUUCAAGGGCAAUCAAGGAAAGAAAGAAAAAACACUACUGUGUGAACUAACUUUAGAAAGGCAAAGGCUUAAUUCCUUGAAUUUGUAUUAAUUAUUGUUGGAAAGUCAUCACUCUUUAAUUGUUCAUGUUGCCAAUUGCCUACUUAAAUUUACUUGCCUUUUCCCCCAAUGUGGAAGUCCAUACGGGCAGAGAUAAAUUGGAACCUGGGAAUAAUAUGUACAAGCCUUGUACAUAUUGUACUACAAGGCAAACUUUCUUGAGCUGUUUAUUUUUAUUUAUGUGUUCUCCCUCUCAAGAUAAUAAAGAAGCACUAUGGGUUAAUGCUGGUAUGACAAAA